UGUUCAGUGGCAUUGUACUGGUUGUAGUUUUUACCUUAAAGGUGGAAAAGUUCUGAUAUGAUUUAUCUCUGUUUAAAAAAAAAAAAACCUGCUGCUUUAAUAGGGGUGUGUAGACUUUUUAUAUCCAUUGUACAUCACAAGCACCAGCUUCAUCAACAAAGCCAUUAAUUGUGUUUGCCUUUUGCACUGGACAGCAGAAGGUAAUGGGCUUUCAUUGAUAACCCCAGGAUUACUGAGUGUGUCAGUAGAGUGAAGCCAAAGGUGCUGUUAAUGUGUAUGCAGUGACAAUAAAGUCUUCUGUCAAUGCUUUACUAAUUGCUGCAUUGGGAGAUAGAACAGGUUGAGUUGCAGUGAACUGAACAGUGAGGUUUUUUCUGUGCUUAAUGCCUUCUGUGGUCUUUUGUUUCCCCAAGGCAUGACAUCAUAUUCAUUAAGCUGUCAAUCAAACUUGGGGGGGCGUGCUUAAUUUCUAAACUAUAAAAAUAUCUGAGUUGCCUGAACUAUAAUUCAUUUCACCAUAAUGUAACAGAGACUUUUUUUUAAAAUGCAUGACCUCAUGAACCUGACGGAGUUUAACCAGUCUGAUCUCUGUGAGCAUUUCUCCUGUCCAGAGAGAUCUGGAUCUCCUGCAGUUUAUAUCUUACUGUAUGUGUGUUCAGCUGCUGUGGUUCUUCUAACAGUGUGUGGAAAUCUUCUCAUCAUCAUCUCUGUUCUUCACUUCAAGCAGCUUCACACACCGACAAACAUGCUCGUGCUCUCUCUGGCUGUGUCGGAUUUCCUUGUUGGAGCUUUAGCAAUGCUUCCAAUGUUAAUCUGGAAGAUUGAGUCAUGCUGGAUUUUUGCUAGAGGUUACUGUAUCAGUUUUUUGAUGACCUCUUAUUUUCUAACAAGCCUGUCCAUCUAUAAUGUUGGUCUGAUCGCUGUGGAUCGGUAUCUGGCUCUCUCAAACCCGUUUCUCUACACAAACACAAUCUCUAGUAGGACUAUGUGCAUUGUGGUUUCUUCUAAUUGGUGUGUGUGUCUGGUGUAUAACACAGCAUUUUAUUAUUUCAAUGGAAGCUUCACGAGUUUUGUAAUGUGUCCUGGAGAGUGUUAUCUUUUUCUGAAUGAAGUUUUAUUCGCAGUUGACCUUGUAAUUGCGUUUAUAUUUCCAUGUUCCAUCAUAAUCAUAUUGUAUACUCUAGUGUUUGUGAUUGCUAAGAAACAUGCCACUGCUAUCAGAGAGCUUAAUAAUCACACACGGCCUAAAACACAGAAAAUCACCUCACACUCGAUGAAAUCUGAGAGAAAAGCAGCUAAAGUCCUGGGCAUUUUAGUGUCUGUGUUUCUGAUGUGUUUACUUCCGUAUUUUAUUUACAGUGUAUUAGGCGACGUUAUUGAACUACAGACAGAAACAUUUCAGAAACUUGCGAUAGUGCUUUAUCUUAAUUCCACCAUUAAUCCUGUUAUUUAUGCUCUGUUUUACCCGUGGUUUAGGAGGUGCAUUAAAUUAAUUAUAACUCUGCGAAUAUUCCAGACAGACUCUGCUUUAAUCAAUAUUCUUUCAUGAAUGUGUUUUGUACUUGUGAGUACAAAAUUAUAGGUCCUCAUUUUAAAAAAAAUUAAAAAGCUGUUUACAAACAAAUUGUUUAGGCAUUUUAAUACACAUUACAACAUUAAACACUAUGUAAACAUGAAAUGUUUAUAUCUGUAUAUUUAUACACAUCUAUAGGUUUAUAUACAUUGGCUGCACAUCCUGUUGUAUCAUCCCCAACCCCCUCACACAUAAUAUUCACUUAACAUUGAAUUUUUUCCCAAAAAAUGGUUCUAUGUAAAACUUUGGAGAGCAGAAAACUUGGAAU